AGAAGACAACAUACCUCUAGAGGUACCCAAGGUAGCUUCAAUGGAGAUCUUCUGUUUUCUUCCGUCAGCUUUCUGUAUACCUACUAUUGAACACGUAAGGAUCUUCUGGACUCAGUACUGUAACACCUUGACACGUUUGCCCUUUCGUCUUUAACAGGAAGUUAAGGCACUCUUUCCUUUGCGAAAGCAACGACUCGAGGCCAGCCUGGCGAUAAUUCGGUUCAAGGGACGCGAUCACAAGCCCCACCACUGUGACAGCGAGACGGGAGCUACUACCUUCCCUUGCCUCAACAGCCUACAGUAUUCUACAGCACCUCGGACCCGAGUCCUCCUCCACAAACUUCCUGCCGAGCGGCAUAGCAAUCACUUUAAUACACAGACAUGGCGCCAACACCAGGGAAUUCUCUGCGCGACAAGCAGAUCUUGUCUAUCAAGAAGCUCCUGAACCUCAACCAACCCCUCGAACCGACCGACGGCGACGACUCGAAUGGCUUCCAAUCCGCUUCCGCCCCCUUGCUGAAGGACAUUCCCACAUGGAAGAUUUUGGUUUUUGACGAGCUCGGUCGCAAUGUCAUCAGCCCAGUACUCCAGGUUUCGGAUCUGCGAUCCAUGGGCGUCACACUACACGUUUCCAUUGCGGCCAACAGGCAACCGAUUCCUGAUGUCGACGCCAUCUACCUUAUCGAACCGAACGCCAAGAACCUCCAGCAAAUCACCAAUGAUCUUCAAAAGAACCUCUAUAACUCUGCCAGCAUCAACUUCCUCUCCUCGGUACCACGGCCACUGUUGGAGGACUUUGCGGCGCAAACCGCUGUCGCCGGCACGUCGGAGAAAAUUGCCCAGAUAUUCGACCAGUACCUCAACUUUAUCGUUCCCGAGCCGGAUUUGUUCAGUCUGGGCAUGCAGAAGGAGCAUACAUACUGGGCGUUGAAUAGCGCAAAGACACAAGAUGAGGAGUUGGACAGAGUUAUCGACAGGAUCGUCAGCGGCCUGUUUAGCGUGGUGGUGACACUAGGCGUCAUUCCCAUUAUUCGCUGCCCCAGGGGUGCUGCUGCUGAGAUGGUUGCAACGAAAUUGGACCGAAAACUUCGCGAUCAUAUUCUCAACUCCAAGGACAACCUCUUUUCGGCACACAGGGCGGCCGCUUCCAGCACUGGAACGCCAAAGCCCCUGCUCGUCAUCAUGGACCGUAAUAUCGACCUAAUUCCCAUGCUGUCCCACUCGUGGACCUACCAGAGCUUAUGCGCCGACGUCUUUGGUUUGUCGGAAUCGAACCGGAUCACAAUCGAGAGCCCUGUGGACUCCAAUAACCCGGCCAAGGGCACCAACAAGAAGACGUAUGAUUUGGCUGCCGAUGAUUUCUUCUGGGCCAAAAACUCAUGCCUACCGUUCCCUCAGGUUGCCGAGGACAUCGACAUUGAACUCACGAAAUACAAGGAGGAGGCGGAUGCUCUCACCAAGAAGACUGGCGUUAGGGAUUUGGACCAUUUCGAACAAGACUCGAGUGCAAGUGCUCAGCAUCUAAAAGCAGCUGUUACACUCUUGCCCGAACUGCGCGCAAGAAAAGCCACUUUGGAUAUGCACAUGAACAUCCUUGCUGCUAUCCUUGGCGAGAUUCAAAGCCGACAGUUGGAUAACUACUUCCAACUGGAGGAGAACGUGUUCAAGCAAACCAAGGCGCAAGUGCUGGAUCAGAUCAAGACGGCGGACAAGGGCAAGCCUGAGGAUUACCUGCGUCUCUUUGUGAUCUGGUACCUCAGCACGGAACAGGAUGUGUCUCGUCAGGAAUGGACGCAAUUUGAGGAGGCACUCGCGGCCAAGGGCUGCGACACAACGUGCCUCUCUUACAUCAAGCAAGUCCGCGCCACGACCAAAAUGACACAACUCACCACGGUCAAUAAUCCUUCAUCCUCCAACCAGCAACAAUCCGGGUCCUCGGACCUUUUCAAUCGCUUCUCUGCCAUCUCGAGCCGUCUCACCGACCGUCUCAAGGAGACGGGCGUGCCCACGGGCGCUCUCUCCAAUAACGUGGCCUCUCUCUUGGGUGGCAUCAAGAACUUCCUCCCCGAAGACCGCGACCUCACGGUAACCAAGAUCACCGAGUCCCUCAUGGACCCAUCGGCCGCCAGCUCCUCGGCCAUCGCCAAGACGGAACACUACCUCUACUUCGACCCGCGCAGCGCCAACGCGCGCGGCACCAUGCCCCAGCCGUCGGCCAUGCGGGCCCAAGGGAGCGGGUCGUCCCUGGGCGGUCCCGGUGGCUUGCCAGGAUCAAGUGGCCCGGGCCAAACGGCCAGUUUCGGGCAACGCAGACAGGGGUUCUCGGAGGCGAUUGUGUUUAUGGUUGGCGGUGCGAGCACGGCCGAGUAUAGCAAUUUGCAGGAGUGGGCGGCGAGAACGACGACGGGAGAUCGUGCAAAGAGGAGGGUGAUUUAUGGUGGUACGGAGUUGCUUAAUGCUGGCAGCUUUAUCAAGGAGGAGUUGGAGAGGUUGGGUAAGGAGGUUUCGUAGAUUGAUGGCGAAAGAUGAAGGGGAAGAGUGAGGGGUGGAAGUGAGGAGCUGCUAUAUAUCAGAUUAUGAUAACUUUACUUGGUCAAAAGCGUUAUCAAGCAUUCAUGUUUGCAUCACGAUGUUUGUGUUGGUGUUGUCUUGCCAUUUGGACAAAGUCACUCGAGAAUCAAGAUAUCAGACGUGGUGGGCUUUCUUGGCCUCCAUCCACGCUCAUCG